AUGACUACACCCACGCCCAUCCCAUCUCGAGACGACCUGGCCAAAACGGCAAGCCGAUACCGCCUCUUGUCCGGUGUGAUAUCCUGGCUGGACCGGUAUUUAUCCUGGCCGCUUCCCUCGCGCGCAGCACUCGAGCUAGCCAUCCCAGCCACAGUCAGCAAGUCCCCCGGGUAUAUCCAGCUAUACUUCUUCACAGCAUCGGGGUCUCUAGACUCGCCCGGCGAAGACGAGGAGCAGCCGCGCGCAAAGCAGCCCGUGCUAAUCAACUUUCACGGCGGCGGCUUCUCCAUCGGACAUCCUCUCGAUGACGCACGCUGGGUCGCAGCUGUCCUGCAGGCACAACCUGACGCAGUCGUGGUGAGCGUCGGCUACAGGCUUGCGCCCGAACACCCAUACCCCGUGCCCAUGGAAGACGGUGUCGAUGCCGUGCUCUGGCUCUGGCAACGCGCGGCGCAGUACCACCUCGACAGACGGCGUUUCGCGCUGAGCGGCGACAGCGCCGGCGGCAAUCUGUGCCUGGCGAUCCCGCUGCGGCUUCACGAGGAGCUCCGAAAAAGAUAUCAGCACCAGGGCGAAAGUCCAGAUAUCAAACUCGCCGGUCUGAUCGCGUUCUACCCUAGCACGGACUGGUCACGCAGCCGGCUCGAGCGCGACGCGACGAAUCCGAUUGCGCCGCAGAAAUCGAUGAUCACGCCGGCUGUGUUCAAGUUCUUUGAUGACGCAUACUUGCUGCCGGAGAACUUGCCUAGGAAGACGGGCACGGGGGAGAUCGAUAUGUCGCAUCCGUACAUGUCACCGGGCUUGGCUCCGGAUCAUCUGAUUUUGGCUUCGUAUCCGCCAUAUGUUGCCAUCUACACCUGUGGAUGGGACCAGCUACUGGUGGAAGGGAAUGAGUUCCGGGAGCGGCUGCGGAAGCUGGAGGGGAAGGGGCGGUUGGUGCAUGUUGGGGGGAUGGUUAUUGAGAAUGUGAUCCAUGGAUUUGACAAGAAGCCUUCCUUUUUCUUGGGAAAUGGGCGGAGGGAUACAAUGUAUGGGGAUGCGGUGCGGCAGCUGGAGAUGAUGUGGAAAGAGGAGCCUCCGAGGGGUUUUGUUCUUGGUGACAGCGCACGAUAG